AUGGAGCUUUUUGGAAAGCUUUUUAUCUUAUGCCUAGUUUUUCAUCUGCUGUUGGAAUUGGGCCAGGUUGCUGCUGAUGGUCCAUUGAGUGGGCUUGCAGUUAUUCCGGUUCGUCACGAGCAGCACCUAAAGCUACAUAUCUGGUGGAAUUCGUCGUUGCCAGCAGACGCUGGCUACUCCGUAUCCGUGGAUCAUAUCGAUUCCGAAGAGUGCACCCUCAAAGAGAGCCCAUUUCAAAAUCAACAGCACAUAAAAUGUGCACCCAUCGUUACCGAUACGUUGACCACCGAUGUGCUCAUACCUUCCGAUACAGACGGUGUAUUAAAACAUACAUGUCCAAUCCAGCAGCUGUGCACUUACUCCAUCAAAGUUGAAGCAUUAAAUAUCCCCAGUCGAAUUUUUGAAACUAUUUCCAUCCCGGAUUGUGUAGAGGACUUGUGCUCUUGCCAUUACGUUCAACAUUUACCGUCGCUCCUAGAUACAACGGCAGUUCUUAACGCAAGCAGUAAUCAGCUUAUCGUUAGUUGGAAGGUUGGACCGUUCAACACCUCCGAGCUACCCGAAAAUGUGACGCCAAAGUUAAUUUUCAUCCGCGUUCGGCGUGGCACAAACAACGAACUAGGAUGGGGCGGUCAACACUCCAGCAUGAAGGAACUGGCGCUUCCGUUCGAAUCCAGUUCGCACGCGUUCGAUUUGAGUCAUUUCGCCGGAAACAAGUUCAUUUUCUUUGUGCAGCUCAAAGUAAUUGAUACGCGAAACUGCGAGCGCGACUUCGCUCCCAUACGAGGAAACUGUACCGCCGAUGCAUCCUGCGACUGUGAGUACAUGAAUGAUUAUCCAGAAUUUCUCUUCUUGUCGCAUUAUGAGGAAAAUGUUGUCACGAUCUCAUGGCGCCCAUUGUUAAAUGAAUCUUGGCAUCGGAUAUCAUCGGCCCACCGUAUUGAGCUACAAAUGGCAAUUUAUUCGGAAAAAACGGCUGCCCUACUAUGCACCGCCACGACCAAUCCCAUGACAACCAGUAGUUACACAUUUCGUUUGGACGAUUCUACACCACACCCGAGUUCUGGAAUAUUGCUAACGACCACAUUUGCUGACAGCAAUCAAUGUACGAGCCGGACGUACAAGUACAAGCUGCACCAUCAUUCCUCAAAAUCUUUCCUAUUCUCCUUAGUCUUCAGUGUAAUGAUAAUAGUACUUGUGGCCGGAAUUGCUAGCAGUUUGUUCAUUUACUACAAGCGGCGCACGAAAAUACGCUGGAAAGCCAACAAUUGGAGAGAAGUCUACGUCAGAUCCAGCGUAACCGACCAACAACAAAUGCAACAAAUGGAAGAGAAUAGGCUGUACAUCGAUAUGGAUAUUCUGAACGCACGAGCAAGAGGCGAUGCAGACUAUCUGGAAGUCCCUCAUUCGUGUCUCCGAAUCGGCCGGGAGAUUGGUAAAGGGGCUUUUGGACGAGUUUUCAUGGCAAGUGCGGUUAAGCUACCGGGAUCCCAUGGACCAAAAAUUGUUGCGAUCAAGCAGCUCAAAAAAUGUCCCUCCAGUGAUGAAUUCGACGAGUUUCUUGACGAAAUUGCAAUGAUGAAAAAAGUAGGCAAACAUCCCAACAUCGUUACGCUGCUCGGUUGCUGCACCAUCAAGGAACCACUUACGAUGAUUAUGGAGUACAUUGGAUGUGGUGAUUUGCUUGAGUACUUGCGUAAAAUUCGAGCCAAACAUCUCGCCAAAGUGCACCAGCUGGAAAACGUCAACAUGUCACAAAACAUAGCCCCGAAUAAUCUCUUCGGUCCCAUGGUUAAGUAUUUGGACCUUGUGCAUACAUCGAGCUCUAACUCGGAUGCGUCCUACAUUACUCAAACGGACACAACAACCCGGCCUUCGGUUACUGAAACUACUUACACCGUAUUGAGCGGUGCACUGGGCGAAGAGGAUAACACCUCCGCGCUGGGAAGAAGUUCCCUUGAGUACGUGCUUGAUCACAAGGAGUUGCAUAACUUCGCGAAACAGAUUGCUUGCGGGAUGGAGCAUUUGGAGGAACUUCAGAUUACCCAUCGGGAUCUGGCCGCUCGCAACAUUCUCAUCGACGAGCGCAAAACGUUGAAGAUAUCGGAUUUCGGAUUAUCCCGCACCGGCAUCUACGUCAACACGCGGAACAAAAAGGUCCCACUGCGCUGGCUGUCGAUUGAGGCGAUGCGUGACAAUCUGUACUCCAACAAGAGUGACGUUUGGGCAUUCGGCAUAGUGCUGUGGGAAAUAGGAACGCUUGGUGGCUACCCGUACCCCUCCGUGAGCAAUCACGAGCUUUUCGCCUACCUGCAGGGUGGAAAGCGGCUGGAGCGACCGGAAAAUUGCACCCCCGACGUGUACGAGCUGAUGCUGCAGUGCUGGCGCGAGGACCCGAACGAGCGGCCUUCGUUUAUGCAAAUUUCCAAACAGCUGGAACCACACAAGAAAAUCUACAUCGACUUCAACGAGAUCGAGCCCACAUACGUGUUUCCGCCGACAAGCGAUCAGCUUCGAUUGGCUAUUGCCAAUAAUAAGUAA